UGUGCGCUAUCAAUGUCGACGUCGAGUCCGAUGUUAGAGGUGGUGGUGGCGGGUGCUGCUGGGGCUGUGAAUGCUGUAGAUGGCCGGGGAAAGUGGAGAUGAGGGGGCGUCCUUGCGGGGGGCACAACGGUGCAGUCGUGCAGAGAUGGAGCGUGCAGGUGCGGGUUGUGGCCGCGGUCGUGCUCGUGCUGACAAGGGGUGCGGGGGAGGGACGCCGAAACUGCGGUCCUGACGUAAAGCCUCCGCGCUUUUUUUUCCCGUUUUCAUCAGUAGCAGAAGAGAUUGCUUUGCGGUGCAUCGAUCGAGAGCCACUGGUUUCUCUCGCUCUCCAAACCACAUCUGCUCAGCUCGCCUCCCACACACGCCCUUUCCACCAUGGCUUCCCUCUACGUCGUCCACCACACCUCGCUACCACUCUCCCCGCCCCACCAGCUGACGGCCCCCGAGCCCCCUCGCGCGCCGCCCCCUUCCUCGCGCCUCCCCGCUGUGCCGUCCUCCUCUCACCAUGUCAGCGCCCUCCCUCGACCCGCGGCGGCUCCCUCCGCCUUCGCGCGCCACUGCAAAGCGCCGGUCCGGGACCACGACGCCGAGCUCCUCCGCGCUCUACAGUCCAACGGCAACGGCACCCUCCACGGAGACGCAGCACCGUCGCAAGUCCUCGGUUCCCGCUCCGACGGACCGGGCGGCGACGGCAGGAGCAAGAGGUCGCGUUUCUGCGCCCGGGAUUGCGCGAAGCGGAUCAUGGAGCUGCCCGUGGAGGAGCGGGUGAAGGUGCUCGACCUCCUGCCGCGCGACGACGACGCGCUCACCGUCUCCGACUACAACGACAUCCUCUCGGCGCUGGCUCGCGCGGGGGACCACGCCACGGCCGUCGCGCUGUUCCGCGCCAUGCCCGUCGCCCCCGACGCCCAGUCCUUCGCCACCGCCGUGCAGUGCCUCUGCCGCCAGGGCGCGCCCGACGAGGCCAAGCUCGCAAUCGACGAGAUGGUGGCGCGCGGGUUCCGCCCCAGCGUCGCCACGUUCUCGGCCGUCGUGGGGUGCCUCUGCAAGCGCGGACGCGUCACCAAGGCCAUGGAGGUGUUCGACGCCAUGCGCGCGCUCGGGUGCGAGCCGACCAUCCGCAGCUACAACAGCCUCGUCGGCGGGCUCUGCUACGUCGGGCGGCUGGAGGAGGCGCUCGACCUCCUCAACAAGCUCAAGGACUCGCCCAUGACGCCCGACAUCUACACCUUCACCAUCGUGCUCGACGGGUUCUGCAAGGUCGGGCGGACGGAGGAGGCCACGGCCAUCUUCCACGAUGCAAUCGGGAUGGGCCUCUCGCCGACGAUAUUCACCUACAACGCGCUCCUGAACGGGCACUGCAAGGAGGGGAACCCGCUCAAGGCGUUCGCGCUGCUCAUGGAGAUGUGCGGCAACGACGCCGCCUGCCCGCCAGACAAGAUCAGCUUCGGGAUCGUGCUGACGGCGCUGCUCCGCGCCGGCGAGACCUCAGCGGCGUGGCAGACGUACAAGCGGAUGGAGCGCGCUGGGUUCGAGGUGGACGGGCGCGCGCUGGACACGCUGGUUCGGGGCCUGUUCCGGCGGUGCGCGACGGACGUGUCCGCCCUCGGCGACGCCAAGGAGGUGUUCGCGAAGGUGGUGGCUUCGGGCCACGAGCCGGUGUCGUACACGUACUGCCUGAUGGCGCAGGCGCUGGCGCGCGGCGGCGAGGUGGACGCAGCCGUGGCGCUCCUGGAGGAUAUGGUGCGCAAGGGGUACGCGCUGCGGAAGCGCGCCUACACGGACGUGGUGCGCGCGCUCUGUGACCGCGGCAGGGCCCUCGACGCGCUGCAGGUGCUGGUGCUCGUGAUGAUCGUGAGGGACUUCGUGCCAGGACGGAACGCGUUCGAAGCGCUCCUGGGCGAGCUGAGCCGGCAGGGGCGGUGGGCCGACGCCAUGGCCGUGUACGCCGCCGCGGUGAAGCGCGGCGUGGUAGUCUCGUGGAAGCACCUCGGCAGAGAGGCGCUCCCGCCGGAGGAGCCCGUCCGGCUGGGCGUCCUGGUCCCGCAGUGACCGUUCGUCUUUGGGCGGGAUUACAUCCUUCCGAGGCUUUGCGGUGUUGGCAGACUUGGAAGCGGGCUUCCACCAUUCUGCUUCAGUGCUUCCGUUGCUGAAGACGAACAGUUCUGCAAGUUUGAGCUGCUUGCAGAUGGCAUCAUGAAUCUCUCUGACUCUCUGAGGAACAGGUGUAGAUUUUGGCAAAUGUUGGAGAGACCGCAAAUGUACCAAUUUUAUGUGAAUCAUUUGUGCUCGGAUUAGCCGGACGGCACAGCUUACGAGUUACCGAGCAUACCGUCGCUUGCUCAGUACUGCCAUUCUUGUUCAUAAAUCGUACCUUGUAGAUCACCCAAAAGUUCAAAUGGUUUGCCAUUCUGCACCA